AUGGGGCACACUUUGCUCUGUGUGCUGGGGUUAUUCUGGCAGGAUGAUGAUCAAGAGAAGAGCGCUGACGACUCUGUGGGGACAGGACCAACAGGUGCUGUUGCAAUCCUUGAAGUUCCUGAUUUCACUUUGUUUGAAGGAGACUCAGUGACUCUGCGCUGUAGGCAUCGUACUCCAGAAAAUGAGAUGAAAGCUUCCUUUAUCAAAGACGGAUCACCUCUUAAAAUGGAAACAAACCAUCCUUCACUCAGUUUAGUGGAAGUGACCAUUAAUCCAGUGUCAGUGUCAAAUGGGGGAACUUACACGUGUAAAUUUGAUGAUGGGGCCGAAUCUGAAGAAAGAGAACUGAAAGUUGAAGGUCACACUGACAGCAGGAAACACAAUCAUACCAGCGGGGGCAGUGUGACGCUGAGCUGCUCUGUGGAGAAACCUGCUGGCUUCAGAUAUCUAUGGUACAGACUGACCUCUGACUCUACUGAAGUUAAUGAAUCAGACAGAGUUAUCUCACAUGGAGGCAAAUAUACCUGCAGAGGAUGGAGAAGUGAAGAAGGUGUCUUUACACCUGAAAGUGAUGCAGUCACCAUUCAGGAAACUGUUUCCAAUAAGGUCUCUGUGAUCUUGCAACCCAACUGGCCUCAGAUAUUCAGUGGAGAGACAAUCACUCUCAGAUGUGAGAUCCAGGGAGGAGGAGACACUAAAUGGACGUAUGAAUGGACACCAGCCAAAUUAAACAGACCUCCAACAGACAAUGAAUACAGGAUCAGCAGUGCUACUGUGUCCCACAGUGGAGACUACAGCUGUAAGGGUAGAAGAGACUCAUAUUCCUCAACAGAGUGGAGUGAUGUCAUCACACUGACAGUAUCAUCAAAGAGACCAAAGGCCCAACUGAGAGCUGACAGGAGAACUAUUCCAGCAGGGGGCAGUGUGACCCUGAGCUGCUCUGUGAACCCGUCAUCUGGUUGGAAAUACUUCUGGUACAGAGGAGAGAAAACCUCUGAACCCCUGAACACACAAGAUGCUGUCUUCAACUCAAAUGGACAAAUCAGUGUCUCACAGGGAGGACUCUACUGGUGCAGAGGAGGAAGAGGAGACCCAGUUUACUACACAGAGGACAGUGAUCCAGUCAGCAUCAACAAAAUUAUGUCCAACAGGGCCGUUGUGACUCUCCAACCCAGCUGGCUUCAGAUCUUCAGUGGUGAGACGUUCACUGUCAGAUGUGAGAUCCAGGCAGGAGGAGACACUAAAUGGACGUAUGAAUGGACACCAGACGAAUUAAACAGACCUCCAACAGACAAUGAAUACAGGAUCAUCAGAGCUACUGUGUCCCACAGUGGAGACUACAGCUGUAAGGGUAGAAGAGACUCAUAUUCCUCAACAGAGUGGAGUGAUGUCAUCAAAUUGACAGUAUCAUCUCAGAGACCAAAGGCCCAACUGAGAGCUGUCAGGAGAACUAUUCCAGCAGGGGGCAGUGUGACCCUGAGCUGCUCUGUGAACCCGUCAUCUGGUUGGAAAUACUUCUGGUACAGAGGAGAGAAAACCUCUGAACCCCUGAACACACAAGAUGCUGUCUUCAUCUCAGAUGGACAAAUCAGUGUCUCACAGGGAGGACUCUACUGGUGCAGAGGAGGAAGAGGAGACCCAGUUUACUACACAGAGGACAGCGAUGCAGUCGUCACAAACAGGGCUGUUGUGACUCUGCAAACCAGCUGGCCUGAGAUAUACAGAGGAGAGAAGAUCACUCUGAGAUGUGAGAUCAAGGACGGAGGAGACACUGAGUGGGAGUAUAAGUGGUUAACACCCCACUCAGACACAGUGACAAAACACACAUACGGAGUUAUCAGCGCUACUGUUAACAGUGGUGGGAACUACAGGUGUAUGGGUGAACACAAAAAAACCCAAUUAUAUUCAACAGAGUGGAGUGAUCCCUUCAUGCUGAGAGUGUCGGCACAGAGACCAAAGGCUGAACUGAGAGCUGACAGGAGAGACUUUCCAGCAGGGGGCAGUGUGACCCUGAGCUGCUCUGUGAACCCGUCAUCUGGUUGGAAAUACUUCUGGUACAGAGGAGAGAAAACCUCUGAACCCCUGAACACACAAGAUGCUGUCUUCAUCUCAGAUGGACAAAUCAGUGUCUCACAGGGAGGACUCUACUGGUGCAGAGGAGGAAGAGGAGACCCAGUUUACUACACAGAGGACAGUGAUCCAGUCAGCAUCAACAAAAUUAUCCCAAACAGGGCUGUUGUGACUCUGCAACCAAACUGGUCUGAAAUAUACUCAGGAGAGACGAUCAGUCUGAGAUGUGAGAUCAAGGAUGGAGGAGACACUGAGUGGGAGUACGAGUGGAAAACAUCCAGCUCAUACAAACCUUUAAACGACAGUGAAUACAGGAUUAGAUCUGCUUACUCAUCCCACAGUGGAGACUACAGGUGUAAGGGCAGAAUGAAAAGUGCACAGCAGUCUUCAACAGACUGGAGUGAUCCUGUCAAAUUAACAGUAUCAUACAAGCCCCAGCCUGUCCUCACUGUGUCUCCAUCCUGGCUGAGUCCUGGAGCCUCAGUAACUCUGAGCUGCAGAGUUAAAGAUCCAUCUGCAGGAUGGAGGUUCUUCUGGUUUAAGGCUGUUCCCAAACUAUCAGCCAACUACUACGACCAAGAGCUGCUACCUGGCAGCAGCAACGGGACUGAACAGGAUUCCUACAUCGUUCAUGGACAGACACACACAGCAGGAUAUAAGUGCAGAGCUGGAAGAGGAGAUCCAGUGUAUUACACUGAUGACAGUGAACCAAAGUUUGUCUGGUCUGCAGAUUUUCAUUCAUCAGCGUCUCUCACAGUGAGUCCUGACAGAGUGCAACACUUCACCUCUGACUCUGUCUCACUGAGCUGUGAGGGAAACUCUACUGAGUGGAGAGUGAGGAGGUUUACUAAAGACCGCUACCCGUCAUACUCAUCAUGUCGCUCCUACUGGGGCACAAUGACUGGAUCCACAUGCAGCAUAAACAGUUACCAGCAGAGUGAUGCAGUGUACUGGUGUGAGUCUGGAUCAGGAGAGUUCAGCAACACAGUCAACAUCACUAAACAGAAUGAACAUAUUAUCCUGGUGAGCCCUGUCCGUCCUGUGACUGAGGGAGAUCCUGUUAGUCUCAGCUGCAAGUUCAGGACAGAAAAAUUAGUUUCAGAUGUGUUUUUCUAUCGAAAUGACAAACUGAUUCAAAAUGAUAGCAGAAGGGAGCUGAACAUCUCUGCAGUGUUGAAGUCAGAUGAGGGUUUCUACAAGUGUCAACACUCAGGAGAAGAGUCAGCACAGAGCUGGAUGUCAGUUAAAGUGUCCAGACCUGAAAGCUCUUCAGUUCCUGUACCGUUGAUUGUUGGGCUGGUUUGUGGAAUCGUACUUAUUCUUCUUCUGCUCCUUUUGUAUCGCUACAGACCGUCCAAAGAUUCCUGCUCCAUCAGGCCAAUCCAGUCUGAGAGCACUAAUCGAGGUUCUGCUGAAAACUACUCCUCUCCUGUCCACGUGGCUGCAGGUGAUGCUCCUCUCUAUGAAACAAUCAAAGGCUUUGAAAACACACAGAGUGUUGCAGAUGAGUCCCAGGAUUUAACAUAUUCUUUGAUCGAGCUUAAAAACGUUAGAAAGAAAAAGAAGCGACAUGAACCAGAGGAGGUCUGUGUUUACUCUGAGGUGAACGCUGGGACUGCAGACGACAGUCUGAUGUAUGCCCAAGUCAACCGCCGCAAUAAAGGUAAAGCCAAGAAAAACAAAGGAAAAUCACCUCCUGCAGCAGCUGAUGAAACAGUUUAUUCUGAAGUCAAACCAGGAACAGCUCUUGACAACAAUCUGAUGUAUGCCCAAGUCAACCUCCGCAAUAAAGGUAAAGCCAAGAAAAACAAAGGAAAAUCACCUCCUGCAGCAGCUGAUGAAACAGUUUAUUCUGAAGUCAAACCAGGAACAGCUCUUGUUCACAACAGGGCCGUUGUAACUCUGCAACCCAACUGGCCUCAGAUAUUCAGAGGAGAGACGUUCACUGUCAGAUGUGAGAUCCAGGGAGGAGGAGACACUAAAUGGACGUAUGAAUGGACACCAGCCAAAUUAAACAGACCUCCAACAGACAAUGAAUACAGGAUCAUCAGAGCUACUGUGUCCCACAGUGGAGACUACAGCUGUAAGGGUAGAAGAGACUCAUAUUCCUCAACAGAGUGGAGUGAUGUCAUCAAAUUGACCGUAUCAUCAAAGAGACCAAAGGCCCAACUGAGAGCUGACAGGAGAACUAUUCCAGCAGGGGGCAGUGUGACCCUGAGCUGCUCUGUGAACCCGUCAUCUGGUUGGAAAUACUUCUGGUACAGAGGAGAGAAAACCUCUGAACCCCUGAACACACAAGAUGCUGUCUUCAUCUCAGAUGGACAAAUCAGUGUCUCACAGGGAGGACUCUACUGGUGCAGAGGAGGAAGAGGAGACCCAGUUUACUACACAGAGGACAGUGAUCCAGUCAGCAUCAACAAAAUUAUGUCCAACAGGGCCGUUGUGACUCUCCAACCCAACUGGCUUCAGAUCUUCAGUGGUGAGACGUUCACUGUCAGAUGUGAGAUCCAGGGAGGAGGAGACACUAAAUGGACGUAUGAAUGGACACCAGCCAAAUUAAACAGACCUCCAACAGACAAUGAAUACAGGAUCAGCAAAGCUACUGUGUCCCACAGUGGAGACUACAGCUGUAAGGGUAGAAGAGACUCAUAUUCCUCAACAGAGUGGAGUGAUGUCAUCAAAUUGACAGUAUCAUCACAGAGACCAAAGGCCCAACUGAGCGCUGUCAGGAGAGACUUUCCAGCAGGGGGCAGUGUGACCCUGAGCUGCUCUGUGAACCUGUCAUCUGGUUGGAAAUACUUCUGGUACAGAGGAGAGAAAACCUCUGAACCCCUGAACACACAAGAUGCUGUCUUCAUCUCAGAUGGACAAAUCAGUGUCUCACAGGGAGGACUCUACUGGUGCAGAGGAGGAAGAGGAGACCCAGUUUACUACACAGAGGACAGUGAUCCAGUCAGCAUCAACAAAAUUAUGUCCAACAGGGCUGUUGUGACUCUCCAACCCAACUGGACUCAGAUCUUCAGUGGUGAGACGUUCACUGUCAGAUGUGAGAUCCAGGGAGGAGGAGACACUAAAUGGACGUAUGAAUGGACACCAGCCAAAUUAAACAGACCUACAACAUACAAUGAAUACAGGAUCAUCAGAGCUACUGUGUCCCACAGUGGAGACUACAGCUGUAAGGGUAGAAGAGACUCAUAUUCCUCAACAGAGUGGAGUAAUGUCAUCAAAUUGACAGUAUCAUCAAAGAGACCAAAGGCCGAACUGAGCGCUGACAGGAGAGACUUUCCAGCAGGGGGCAGUGUGACCCUGAGCUGCUCUGUGAACCCGUCAUCUGGUUGGAAAUACUUCUGGUACAGAGGAGAGAAAACCUCUGAACCCCUGAACACACAAGAUGCUGUCUUCAUCUCAGAUGGACAAAUCAGUGUCUCACAGGGAGGACUCUACUGGUGCAGAGGAGGAAGAGGAGACCCAGUUUACUACACAGAGGACAGUGAUCCAGUCAGCAUCAACAAAAUUAUCACAAACAGGGCUGUUGUGACUCUGCAACCAAACUGGUCUGAAAUAUACUCAGGAGAGACGAUCACUCUGAGAUGUGAGAUCAAGGACGGAGGAGACACUGAGUGGGAGUACGAGUGGGAAACAUCCAGCUCAUACAAACCUUUAAAAGACAGUGAAUACAGGAUUAGAUCUGCUUACUCAUCCCACAGUGGAGACUACAGGUGUAAGGGCAGAAUGAAAAGUGCACAGCAGUCUUCAACAGACUGGAGUGAUCCUGUCAAAUUAACAGUAUCAGACAAGCCCCAGCCUGUCCUCACUGUGUCUCCAUCCUGGCUGAGUCCUGGAGCCUCAGUAACUCUGAGCUGCAGAGUUAAAGAUCCAUCUGCAGGAUGGAGGUUCUUCUGGUUUAAGGCUGUUCCCAAACUAUCAGGCAACUACUACGACCAAGAGCUGCUACCUGGCAGCAGCAACGGGACUGAACAGGAUUCCUACAUCGUUCAUGGACAGACACACACAGCAGGAUAUAAGUGCAGAGCUGGAAGAGGAGAUCCAGUGUAUUACACUUAUUACAGUGAACCAAUGUUUGUCUGGUCUGCAGAUUUUCAUUCAUCAGCGUCUCUCACAGUGAGUCCUGACAGAGUGCAACACUUCACCUCUGACUCUGUCUCACUGAGCUGUGAGGGAAACUCUACUGAGUGGAGAGUGAGGAGGUUUACUGAGGACGACACCGGGUCAUACUCAUCAUGUCGCUCCUACUGGGGCACAAUGACUGGAUCCACAUGCAGCAUAAACAGUAACCAGCAGAGUGAUGCAGUGUACUGGUGUGAGUCUGGAUCAGGAGAGUUCAGCAACGCAGUCAACAUCACUAAACAGAAUGAACAUAUUAUCCUGGUGAGCCCUGUCCGUCCUGUGACUGAGGGAGAUCCUGUUAGUCUCAGCUGCAAGUUCAGGACAGAAAAAUUAGUUUCAGACGUGUUUUUCUAUCGAAGUGACAAACUGAUUCAAAAUGAUAGCAGAAGGGAGCUGAACAUCUCUGCAGUGUUGAAGUCAGAUGAGGGUUUCUACAAGUGUCAACACUCAGGAGAAGAGUCAGCACAGAGCUGGAUGUCAGUUAAAGUGUCCAGACCUGAAAGCUCUUCAGUUCCUGUACCGUUGAUUGUUGGGCUGGUUUGUGGAAUCGUACUUAUUCUUCUUCUGCUCCUUUUGUAUCGCUACAGACUGUCCAAAGAUUCCUGCUCCAUCAGGUCAAUCCAGUCUGAGAGCACUAAUCGAGGCCCUGACACAGUUUAUGUGGUCGACCAGAAGGAGGCUCAACGUGAUGAAUACUCCACCCUUCUCCAUGGUGAUAUUUGUCUCUAUGAAACAAUCAAAGGCUCCAAAGAAAAUGAAAAUGAUUCCUGCUCCAUCAGGCCAAUCCAGUCUGAGAGCACUAAUCGAGGCCCUGACACAGUUUAUGUGGUCGACCAGAAUGAGGCUCAACGUGACGAAUACUCCACCCUUCUCCAUGGUGAUGUUUGUCUCUAUGAAACAAUCAAAGGCUCCAAAGAAAAUGAAAAUGGUGAUGAUGCUCGUCUCUAUGAAACAAUCAAAGGAUCCAAAGACACUAAAAAUGGUAUUACCUGUACAGAGUCUUUUCCAACCAGGUUUUGAACCUACAAUCCGACAAUCUUGAAGCUGGGAGAAAAAUGUGCCAACUAUUGAGCCACGGAUUGCCAUGAAAGUUUGUAAAGACAUUCAUGUUCCCCAGAGGAUGGAGCUGAA